UUUUUCUUGGUCGACGUGUCUGUCAUGGCACGCACCACCGUUUGCCGCUACGUACAUUGCUGGAGGCAGUCGUGAUGGAGGGCUCUUGUCGGUGUGGAAAGGAACGGCCUGACACGUUGCAUAGUUUUUGUACCCACAUGAAACAUUUCAGUCGGGAUCUGUGGAAACUGGGACGGAGCCUGGAGAAUCUGUCCCGAUAAAAGCCAAGGAUUGGCGCACCCCGAAGUGACGAUUUGAUUCGCACGGGUGGCCGCCGUGGAAGAACUGCCGGCUAGACGGCACCUCACCGGCUCACCGUUUCCAUGGAGCCGGCCGGCGCACGCGUGCAAGUACAGUACAGUAUCGUGCCGACGAUGUCGUGCGUGCCCACCUUUGACUGGCCUAAUUUUGACUUCCCAAAGCAACGCAAAGCGAAGGCGGGUCGUGGGCCAGGCCACGCGCGGCCAGCAGGGCCCACACGCAGCGACCCAGCCGGGGGGAGGCCGAGGCGGUGGCCGGCGCGGCGCACGCCAACAUCCCCCUCCCGGAUCUCCUCCUCUCCCACCCUCCCUCCCUCCAUUCCCAAUCACGAGGCGCCCAGUGCUAGUGCACACCCCCAGCGCGUCCACCACCGCCGCCAGGCACGGCGAGGCGAGGCGAGCUCACGGGGUUGCCGCGGUCCGGACCCCAUGGAGAGGAGUAGUAAUGGCGGGAGCGGGAAGCCGCCGGUGACGGAGAGCAAGGCGGCGUGGAGGGACGGCGCCGUCACCUACUUCCACCUCCUCUUCUACAUCGCCAUCUCCGGCGGCCAGAUCUUCUUCAACAAGUGGGUCUUAUCCUCAAAAGAGAUCAACUUCCCCUAUCCAGUGGCACUGACUCUGCUCCACAUGGUCUUCUCAUCUGUAGUGUGCUUUGCAAUUACGAAAGUUUUCAAGAUCAUAAAGAUUGAGGAGGGAAUGACUACAGAUAUAUACAUCAAUUCAGUUAUUCCAAUUGGAGCAAUGUUCGCAAUGACACUUUGGCUUGGGAACAGUGCAUACCUCUACAUAUCUGUCGCGUUUGCACAGAUGUUGAAGGCAAUAAUGCCUGUAGCCGUGUUUCUCCUCGGAGCAGCAUUCGGCCUAGAAGAAAUGAGCUAUAAAAUGCUUGCUAUCAUGUCUGUCAUCAGCGUCGGAGUUAUUGUGGCUUCUGUUGGUGAAAUUACAAUUAGUUGGAUUGGAGUAGUUUACCAGAUGGGUGGAGUUGUUGCAGAAGCCUUAAGACUUAUCUUCAUUGAGAUAUUUCUGAAGAAAAAGGGCGUCAAGCUGAACUUGAUAUCCAUGAUGUACUAUGUUAGCCCUUGCAGUGCUCUGUGCCUCUUUAUUCCCUGGUUGUUCUUAGAGAAGCCAAAGAUGGAUGAUAGUAUUUCGUGGAACUUCCCACCAUUUACAUUGUUCUUAAACUGCCUGUGCACUUUCGUACUCAAUAUGUCGGUUUUCCUUGUGAUAUCUCGGACUAGUGCACUGACAGCACGUGUGACUGGAGUCGUGAGGGAUUGGUCUGUAGUCCUGCUGUCAGCUGCCAUCUUUGCUGAUACACAGCUUACCUUCAUAAACAUAUUUGGUUAUGCCAUAGCCAUAGCAGGUGUUGUUGCAUAUAACAAUCACAAGCUCAAGGUGAAACCUCAAGCAAACCCACAGCAGGGUGAUGAGAACAAGGUCAGCCCAGGAAACCCUCGAGAUGUUGAGAUAUCAAUGAACUCUACAAAAGAAGCUUCAUAGCACCAAAAGUAGCAAGACUCUGAAACAGUUUUCUUUUUCAGAAAGGAGAAUUGCGCUCUUGCUUUUGUUGGUUGGCCAGCUCUCCUUGGACUAUACAUUCUUUUUUCUUCCCACCAAUCGUCAGGGAAGACAUUUUGUACAAUAAUAUGCUCAAGAAGUCAAGAUAAUACACUCCCAUCGCAUUUGUACUAUUGUUGCUCAAAACGGUGGGAGCAUGCCAUACAGAUGAAAAUUAGGCCAUGUAAAUUUUUCGUAUUUUUGGAACUGCUGUAGCAACACAUCAGGUGCUCCAAAAGAGGCAGCCCUGAAUCCUUCUUUGUACUUGGUUGACUGGGGAUCAUGGGAACUAAGAUGUUACCUGUAUAUGUAGUAUGUUUGCAACUUGCAAGGACAAUAUGUAAUUUUGGCAUAUCAAAGAAUGUGAAAUGUUGAUAGUUUGUUUGAA